UUAAGAUAUCCAGCACAUUCACCAUUUUUUUACGUAGCAGUAUUACUUUUUCUAACUUCUUCAGGAAGUUUGACUCCUCACAUUAGAUUCAAGUUCACCUUUUCAUCUGCGGGAUUUACUUCUGGACAUUACUGGAAUCUAUAACCUAGAGAGAUCAGUAUGCCUCGGUCUUUCUUGGUCAAAAAAUAUUUUACCAACAAACGACCGAAUUAUAGCGAACUGGAAUGUCAGAAUGACACCCUGCCUGAGAGAUACCCGCUAGCAGAACUUCCAACAGGCAAUGGUGGCUUUCCAGUCACCUGUUUAACAACUGGACUGGUCUGGGAUGUGAGUUUAUUGCCUGCCCUUCAUGUUCCUGCCUCCCCAGAAAAUCAUUCUUCAACCCCAGGGCCACUGGACCUCAGUUCCCCAUCCAGUGUGAGUUGUAGCAGCAGUGGGGAAGAGGAUGAAGGACGUACCUCUGACCCACCCAGUCCUGAGCCAACAGACAGCUACCAUCCCCAACAACAGCGUCCACGACGCGGCAGCAAGACCAGAGCAGGCCCCAGAGAGGACAAGAGAGAAACCCCUGUCACUGCAACACGCCCUGCCUUUUUUUGUAAACACUGUCCCAAAGAGUACAACAGCUUGGGGGCUUUGAAGAUGCACAUUCGUUCACACACAUUACCCUGUGUGUGUCCAACCUGUGGGAAGGCAUUUUCCAGACCUUGGUUGCUGAGGGGGCACAUUCGCACACACACAGGAGAACGUCCUUUCUCUUGCCCGCACUGUAACCGAGCUUUUGCCGAUCGCUCGAACUUGCGGGCGCACCUGCAGACACACGCAGACGUAAAGAAGUACCAGUGUGGCACGUGCUCCCGCACCUUCAGUCGCAUGUCCCUGCUCCAGAAACACAGCGCAGCAGGCUGCUGCAGCAGCAGCUCGGCAUGAGAGAGCGCAGCAGUGGAGACCAUUAUGAGCUACAUUUUCCAUUGAAGUAUGGAGAGCAACGUUUCCGUAAUGAUAGAAGCGUUUAUUUAGGACAUGCUGGCUUUUCUGAUAAAAUAAAUUCUCCUUGUGUCGCUCCACAGUAAUCACGAGUAGACGCAACACAGCCUGGGUGACAAGAGAGGUCCAUAAGUCAAACAUUUCAGACUUUUUAAACUUUAAAUGGUGGACGGGCUACACAUUCCCAAUCCAUUUUUUUUGGCCUCCCCUUCAGGACACAAAUAAAGGAAAUGUGGAGGGGUGGUGCUGCAGGUCUACUAUUCAUUACAGUUGUCCAUGAAUGUGUCUUAGUGCCAGGCAACUUGGGAUUUUGGCCCAGAGACAGCUGCCAUCAGGUGGGGGGAGGGUUGGACACAUAGCCUGGGUACGUCUCUCAGCAUGUCACACACACACACACGCACAUGCACGCACACACACACACACACACACACACACACACAUAUACGUGGAAAGACAGCUGUGCUCUGUACUGUGUUGCGGAGGCAGUAUGCUAACAGGUGCGCUGGCCCUGACCUUCACUGCCAUGAUAACAGGUGACAUACAUCCCUUUUCCUGAGAAUACAUGGAGAGGAUUAAUGGAUAAAGGAAAAUGAAGUCAGUGUAUCCUGUUUAAUAGUUGGUUUGAAUGAGAUUUUUAAAUCUUUUUUAAGCACCCAGAUCUUAAUUAUUGUGCAGGGCUCAGUUUGUUUUGUAUGUGAAUUAUAGUCUUCCUGUUGUCAGUGAUUAACUUUUAUUUUUUAAAUACAAUUCAAUUUUCCAGCAAGUGUUAAUCUUGUGCCAUUUUUUUAAAUGCAAAAGAUAAGUUGAUAGGAUGUUUUAAAUGAAAGCCAUUUCUAUAAAAUAUACAGGUAUUAAAGAGUUUGCGUAAAUACCUCAUUUGUUUUUGGUUAUAAUAACAAUACAUUGCAGUAUUAGCCUUUAGCAGGAAGAUAUUAAUUUGGUGAGGACCAGAGGCCUCUCUAAAGGAAAAUUCUUGAAUAUUCUGUCCAGUCUCAUUCCUGACUGAUUCUACCAAAGAGACCAAAUUAUGAUAUCAGAGAGCAGGUGAAAAUGAAGUGCCUGUCCUAUGUACCAGACCAAAGACAAUCAGUGAGAGAUUCUGUGUUUUCCAUCCAUUUUGUUACCAAGUGCAGUGCAAUCUCUAGAUUUUAUGA